AUGGGGAGCCAGUUCGGCUUCUUCAGCGAGCCGCAGUACCUCGGGCCCGGCCGCAACCGCGGAGUGGGCAAGUCGGGGACUGCGGAGGGCGCGGUCGCCCCGAUCGCAUUCAAGCCCGCGGGCAACACGAACAACAAGCUCAAGUCCACCGGGUUCAGGUCCCUCUUCUCGGGGGAGCCGUACAGGGAUCUCCUCACGGGCGGCAAGGAGAAGAAGCGUGACGCGGGAGAGGGCGAUGAGGUGAAAGUCGCGCCGUUCAGGCCCUCGGGGCCAAUGAAGCAGUCUGUGUGCCUGGGGGAUUACUACGGCACCCUCAGCGGGCCGUUCCCGCACAUCGCAGAGGAGCCGCCGGCGCGUCGCAAGAAGGGCGAGGUGAUGCACCAGUCGCGGAACAUCCUCACCAACCCGGCGAAGAAGGGCACGUAUGGCUACGUCGGCACGACGCUCUCGGAACGCAUCGCCGGGACCAAGGGCCUGGCCGGCGAGUACUCCUACCAGGCGGACCCCUUCGUGGACAGCCUUGGCAAGGCCCGCGGGUCGAACAAGGCCAAGUUCGUGUCGGAGGUGCCAUUCAAGCCGUCGCACGUGGGCAACACCGGGCUGCGCGGGCCCGGGUACCCCGACCGCACCCUCGGGAAGCCGUACGACUACAUCAUCGAGGGAUCGAAGCCCGUGCACCGCAGGCCGCCCGAGCCGGAGGAGGGGCGGCCUCCACCGUUCAAGCCAUCGCACCCGCCGCGCAGGGGCUACAACGCCACGCUGGAACGGUUCCCGAAGUACGAGAUGGACCCCGUCCCGCUGAAGCUGGAGAAGGCGCGCACGGAGCGGUUGAGGGAGCGCGAGCGGACCGCGGGGCAGGCAUCGUGGAAGCCCAGCCACGGCGGCAAGAUGCCGGGACCCUCCACGAGCAUCGUGCGGCUCAACAUGUCCAUCGGCACGAUGUAG